AUGACGCUGCCAGCGACUCCAUCUAAGCCUGCCCGAAACGGCAAGCCUGAGCCCAAGUCACCGCAUCUAUCAAGGGCAGAGCGUCGCGAAGAAAGGAAUGCUCGUAAACACAUCAUCAAGAUCGAGACUGCGAAGCAUCGAUCUCGCGUAGGCAAGCGCUGCGAGAAGAACGUCCUCAAAAACGCUGAGAAGAAGGCUCGCAAGGCCGCCAAAGCCAAGGCCAGAGCACGCCAGCAUGUCGCGGGAGCUGUGAGCGAUACUUCCUUCAAGACGUCGUCGCGCCAAUACAGUGCGGUCAGCCGCGCGCCAUCUAUCUUCAACCUGACGCCUGAGACCGCGAAAGCUAUCGCCGACGCGGCGCAGAGUGAUUCGCCAUCACAUUACAGCCGCAAGGUUGGCACACCGCUCCUUCUCACACCAAGCCAGGGCGGUCAUUGCAAGGUGGAGCGCAGCCUCACUGAUGACUUCCUACGCGUGCGCGAGGUGGUCGAGAAAGAAGAACGCGCACUUCUAUCCACACCCGAUAGCAUAUCAGACCUCGCUCAGGAGAGCAACGACGAAUGGAUCGGCCUUGCCGACGAGAUCGAGGGCCAGGACAGCGAGUAUGACUUGCCAACGAUUCACCCCGGCGCGUAUCUUGAGUUCUUUGGCGAUCGAGAAGAGAAGCACACCCGUCUCUUGACUCCCGACAGUCGCGGCGACGUCGAGGCUACUCAUGUCAACAAUCCGAAGGACUGGGACACAUUCAAGCAACGUGAAGUGGAGUGGAUCAAGCGAGAGGGUGACCCUCACCGUAUCGCGUUCGACGAGCAGGGUAACGAAAUGCGCGCACUCAGCUACUGGAGCGACUUUGACUCCAACGAGAACGAUCCCGGUGACGGACACGAUCCCUUCUGGGAUAACCUUGACUUCCGCGCCAACCCAUCUGAAGAUGAAGCUGAAAAUGUCCACGAAGCCGUUGUCCUCAGUGAUGACGAGCCCGACAGCGAUGUUGAAGAGCUUCCUUUCAUCGAUCUCACCCAGGAAGACACCGUCAUGGUCGAGACUGACGACGAGGACGACGUUUACGAGAUUGAUACACCUACUUGCGGAUUGGCAACACCCAACCAUAUCAUAGAUCUUACCGAAGUUCCUGAUCCUAUGGAGGAGACCUAUGGCGAUAAUUCUGAUCAAGAGAGUGUUGCACCGGCUCGCGAACCGUUGACCAGCGUGAUCACCGACCUGACUCGAGACAAAGACUUUAUGGAUGAGACUGAAGACGAGGACGACGUCCAGCGAAUUGAUUUGCCUGCUCUUGCGCCCGCACGCAACCGUGUUGAUUUGCCUGUUCUUGCACCUUCAAGCAACCACGUCGGCCUUGCCCAAGAACAAGACUUCAUGGAGACUGCCGACGAGGAUGGCUUUGGGGUAAAUCCCACACCCACGGUCGCGAUAGCGCCCAAUCAAGGUGGUGAUGCUAUGGACGUGACUGGAGAUGAGCAAGAUAUCCCGGAAGUCAACGCGCCUACAGUCAUACCAACCGCUGCUGAACCAGUCGAUGCCGUGGCAGGUAGCUCCCAAAACAAUCCCCAGGUCAUUGAUGACGACAGCGAAGAAGCCCACGAGGCAAAGCUCGAAUUAAGCCUUCAACAAGAGCUCCUGCGUACCCAGGAACGUCGCGAAGCUGAGACCCGCGACGCCAGCCGUCUCGAGCAGCUUCUAGCCCGUGAUCAUUCCUCCCUCACCCUCACGAGCCUAUCUGACGAGUAUGCCGACGUCCGUGACUCCUUCAACUUCAUCCGAGGCAUGCACGCCGAGCAAUCCGAUCUCAACACCAAGGCAUCCGUAAUCGAGAAGCGGAUGAGGGUAUUGAUGGCUCCCGAUCCAGUUCCAUUCGAGAAUAGAAGAAAAGCGGAGAUUCUUGGCAAGCUGUGGUACGCGAACGAGAAAGCUGCUACGUAUAUGGUUUGUGCGGAGAACAAGUUCAGGGAUAGGGCAAGUAAGGAGAACCCGCGUGACAUGCGGGUGUUGCUGAUGGCGAUGAAACAUCAACUCUUGGAAAUGUUUGAGAAGUAUGACGCCAGGGUGAAAGAAUACAAGGCUGCUCUGGAAAGCGAGGCGGAGCGUUAA